UUUUCAGUCAGUUUUUCGACGGUCGUGAACACGAACAGUUAUUCUAGCUCCUCCUGUUCUGCUGCUUCUGUUGGUGUUUUUUGCGUUUGCCGCGACGUAAACAACCGAAGAGCGGAGCUUACGCCCCCAACUGCUCCAGCUCCACGCCCCCCUCGCAACGUGCUCGUUGUAAUUGCAAUUAAUCGUUGUUGGCCGCCGAAAAAAGUAAAAUUUCGGGAGUCCGAUACAAGAAGGGCAAAAAAGCACAAGUGCAGAAAAAACAAAAAAAAACAUAAGCUUGCCGUGUGAGUGCGUUGGUGUGUAUGAGUGUGUGUAUUUUUGGCGUGCGCGGCCAUUUUUUCUUGUUGCCACUCGAGAGUCUCUUCUGUGUGCGAAAGAGAGGCCCGACUGCAAAGCAGAACGUAGCAAACUACGCAAAUCCCACUAAAUUCUCUAAUUUUUGCUAAAUAAAUCAAUCGCGGGGGGUGCCCAAAAACAAACAAAAGUACGAAAAUAGAGUGCCGCAGACCACAAACAAAUCACCUGGGCCAGUGUGUGUGAGUGUGUCAGUGUGCGAAACAGGCAAGCUACCAGGCGGGCUCCCACCCACAAUCAGUCGGCGAACACGUGCUCCAAAAUAUCAACAAAAGUUGGCCCACAAACAUAAAAAAGGGGGCCGCGACUGCAUCCGAGACCCGAACGCCGGAACACAAAAGGCACUUUCAAAUUGCACAAAAACGCGCCGAGUUGUGUAAGCCCGCCGCCAGUGAAGUGUCGACUUCCCGGCGACGAAGACCGCAGCUAUAUUCCAGUAGCCAGUACCGCAUAGGAUCGUGUCGUCGCUGACCACGCCCCCAAACUGGACGCCCGCACCAUCGCCUACCGCCCGCUGACCCUUGGCGGCCACCAGACGCCGCUUAUGGCCGAACUGCCGACGGCGCCGAACGGCGUCCCCAGCGGCGAUUAUCUGCACCGCUCCAUCGAUCAGCUGCGUUCCCUGGGUCACCUGACCACCGCCCAACUGGUCCACGACUACAAGCCCUUCAACAUUAGCGAAUUCCGGCAGAAUGUCGCUGAGCGACUGGACUACUCGCUGAAGAACGGCCUCGUGCAGCACCAACAGCAAAUGAUCAUGGAACAGCAGCCACAUCCCGAACAGCAGCAGCAGCAGCAGCAUCUGCACCACCCACAGCAGCAGCAGCAGCAGCACCCGCCACAGUUGAAGGUCAGCUACAGUGCGCCCAACUCGCCGCCCACUCCCCACGAGCAGCAGGAACAGAAGUACGACCCGAAUCGAUCGCCGCCGCGUCAGCAGAUGAGCAGCGCCAGCGGCAGUGGCAGCAAUGGAUCCUCGCCUGAGGAGGAAAGCCGCCGGGGAGACGGCGAUCAGGCCAAGCCCUACAAGUGCGGCUCGUGCAGCAAGUCCUUUGCCAACUCCUCGUACCUGUCGCAGCACACGCGUAUCCACCUGGGGAUCAAGCCGUACCGCUGCGAGAUCUGUCAGCGCAAGUUCACGCAGUUGUCGCACCUGCAGCAGCACAUCCGUACGCAUACGGGUGACAAACCGUACAAAUGCCGGCACGCCGGCUGCCCGAAGGCCUUCUCGCAGCUAUCCAAUCUGCAGUCACACUCGCGAUGCCAUCAGACGGAUAAGCCGUUCAAGUGCAACUCCUGCUACAAGUGCUUCAGCGACGAGAUGACCCUGCUGGAGCACAUUCCCAAGCACAAGGACUCCAAGCACCUGAAGACGCACAUCUGCAAUUUGUGUGGCAAGUCGUAUACGCAAGAGACCUACCUUCAGAAACAUCUGCAGAAGCACGCAGAGAAGGCGGAGAAGCAGCAGCAUCGCCACACGACCCAGGUGGCUGCCCACCAGCAGCACGUACCGGCGAGCGGAAUCGGCUUGAAUCUGCAGCGCCAGGCCAUGAACGAUGUGAAUGCCGCGUAUUGGGCCAAAAUGGGCGCAGACAGUGCGGCGGCUUCGCUGGCGGAAGCCAUUCAGCAGCAGUUGCCGCAGGCCGGCGGUCAGCCGUAUGGCAACUUUGCCACCCUGCAGCAGCAGCAUCAGCAACAGCAGCAGGAACUGCUGCAUCAUCAGCGAUUGGCGGACACGCCGGGGCAUUCGCACAGUCCCCACGAGGAGGCCGCGGGCGAGGAUCUCGUCCUGCGCCAGUCCACACCGCAACAUCACCUUCAGCAGCAACAGCAGCAGGCCCAGCAGCAACAACAAGCGCAGCACCAGCCAUCGCCUGGAAACUCGGCCUUUACACCUCUGUCGGCGACAGUGGCUCCACCGCCACAUCUUCAACAGCAUCGCGGUCCGCCAGGGUCCGCUGCCGCCUAUUUGUAUCAGCAGAAUGCGGCGGCAGCAGCAGCGGCUUUUCCCACACAGCUCAUCUCGCUUCACCAGAUCCGGAACUAUGCCCAUCAGCCAGGAGCGGCGGGCCUCAUCGCUAGCGAUCAUCUCACCUUGGGCCUGAGCGCUGUCAAUGCCGCCAAAGAAAAGGCGCAAUAGUACAGGCCGCCAGGUCGGGGCCAAAAGAGGCAGCAACGAUGACAUUAGCUUAGGGUCAACGUUUAAGUUGGUAUGGAUACAAGAGCGUGGUAUUUUAUGCUCUUUGAAUCCAUACCAAUUGAAACACAGAAAGUAAAAUGUUACUCAUAGUUUCCAGUUGGCAGUGGCGUAGGAGCUGGGAUUGUACUGGUUUCUCUUAAGCAUCCUUCCAACUUCCAAAUUCAUCAUAAAACUUGUAUACGAUUCGGUCAAAAUCAACUCCAUCACUGCCCAAAACCCAUAAGAAAAUCAACUGCAAUCCUAUAGCUUCUGUGCUAUUUCCAACUGCCGUAUGAAAUUAAUAUGUAAUAUCUAGAUCAACUCAGGAUUUUAAAUACGAUAUUUAUGCCCACUUUUAGAUAUCUAUAAGCAAUAUUCAAAUUAAAACUUUGAACUAUAUAAAUAAGUCGAUUAUAAAUAGUUCACAGUUUUAUUUUCAACUAGGAGCAGUACAAAGUACAGCGAUAGACCUAAUUAUAUUAUUAUUAUAAUGAUAUAUUUAUAUAUAUUAUAGUGUACAUAGAUGUAUGUAAAUUGUGCUGUACAUUUGAACGUAUCAACAUUUAUCUAGGACGCUAGAUAUUUAUAAUUUAUCAACUAACUAGUGGAGUAAGGACAUUUUCUACUUCUUAGGCCAGCUGAAAGAGAAAUAGAUUUGAAAAUGCAUGUACAAUUCAACCAAUAAAGAUUGUAACUAUUUAUAAAAGUA